AUGAGUGCCGGUCGAUUGAAUAUGAUCGUCUCCAAGCUGGGCAGGUCUGCAGCGAAGACAACUCGGAAUAUCAACGCUGUUGAGGUGAGGGGAGCACCACCGAACCUGCUGAAGGCGAUCAUCAAAGAUGAUCAGCUUAAAACAACACGAGAGGUUGCCCAUGAACUAGUCAUUGACUAUUCAAUAGUCGUUCUCCAUUUGGAAUUGGAAAGGUGA